AUGCGUCUCUCAAUCUGCCUGGCCACGGCCACGGCUGCCCUUUCUCUGGCAGCACCGUCCAAGCAACGCCGUCAAGACAAGUUCCUGUGGUUCGGCAUCAACGAGAGCGGUGCAGAGUUCGGCGAGUCUUCGUAUCCCGGGGUUUACGGAACGGACUACAUCUGGUACGACAUGGACACGAUCGACACGUUCAUUGAGAAGGGCAUGAACAUGUUCCGCCUGAACUUCGCCAUGGAGCGGCUGAUCCCCGACACGCUCACCGGCGAGCUCGACUCGGCGUACAUGGGCAACCUGACCAGCAACAUCGAAUACAUCACGGGCAAGGGCGCGUACGCGAUGAUCCAGCCGCACAACUACGGGCGCUACUACGGCGAAAUCAUCACCGACACGGCGGGCUUCAAGGCGUGGUGGAAGAAGGUGGCGGCGCCGUUCGCCGACAACGAGCUCGUCGUCUUCGACACCAACAACGAGUUCCACGACAUGGACCAGUCGCUCGUCGUGCAGCUCAACCAGGCCGCCAUCGACGGCAUCCGCGAGGCCGGCGCCACGUCGCAGUACAUCACGCCCGAGGGCAACAGCUGGACCGGCGCCUGGACCUGGGUCUCGUCGGGCAACUCGGACACCAUGGGCGCCCUGACCGACCCGGCCACCAACGACACGUCCAAGCUCGUCUUCCAGAUGCACCAGUACCUCGACUCGGACGGCAGCGGCACCCACGAGGAGUGCGUCAGCGCCACCAUCUUCAGCGAGCGCCUGCAGGCCGCCACCCAGUGGCUGCGCGACACGGGCAACAAGGGCCUGGUCGGCGAGUUCGCCGCCGGCGCCAACGACCAGUGCAUGGCCGCCGUCAAGGACGGCCUGCAGUACCUCAAGGACAACAGCGACGUCUGGGUCGGCCACCUGUACUGGGCCGCCGGCCCGUGGUGGGGCGACUACAUGUACAACAUGGAGCCUCCGAGCGGCACCGCCUACACCUACUACCUCGACACCCUCGUCCAGUACGCUUGA